AUGGUUGUCUUUGACGGCUUCGAGUACCUCACCGAAGAGGAGAAGCGCCUCAAGGAGGAUCGCGAGCAAACCAAGUACUGGAAGAAAUGGGGGCCCUAUGUUUCCGAGCGUCAAUGGGCCACAGUGAGAGAAGACUACAGCCAGGAUGGUGACGCUUGGAGUCACUUUCCCCACGAUCAUGCCCGAUCCCGCACCUUCCGAUGGGGCGAAGAUGGCAUCGCCGGUGUCUCCGACACCCACGGCUUCCAGAACAUUGCCUUCAGCUUCUGGAAUGAGAAGGACGAAUUUCUGAAAGAACGCCUCUUCGGUCUGUCCAACCCUCAGGGCAACCAUGGAGAGAGCGUCAAGGAGGCGCAUUUCCAUCUCGACAACACCCCCCACUCGUACAUGAAGUUUCUCUACAAGUACCCGCAGCAGGCCUUUCCCUACAAAGACUUGAUCACGGAGAGUGCGAGGAGGGGUCGCUCAGACCCGGAGUAUCAAAUUCUCGACACCGGCAUCUUCAACGACAACAGGUACUGGGACAUCAUCAUCGAGACGGCAAAGGAGAAGGAUGACCCCGACGAGUUGCUCUUCCGAGUCACCGCUUGGAAUAGGGGCCCGGACCCGGCACCGCUCCACCUCAUCCCGCAUGUCUGGUUUCGAAACACGUGGAGCUGGGGCAGGGAGCCCGACGAUAUGAAGCCCUCCAUCGCCUUUCACACCGAUACGGCGGCCAAGUCGGAACACCCCAGUCUCGGUCCUCGAUACACCUGCUUCUCCCCAUCGCCCGGCGUCGGUUCGAGCGGGGACGACGUCUUGCCCAAGAUGCUGUUUACCGAAAAUGACACCAACUACAAGGUCCUCUACGACCAAGAAAACAAGCAGCCCUAUGUCAAGGAUGCCUUUCACCGGUACAUUGUCGACGGCGAAAAGGCCGCAAUCAACCCUGCCCAGGUCGGCACAAAGUGUGCUGCUUGGUUCGACUUCAGCGAAGACGGUGGUGUCAAUCCCGGGGAGUGUGCCGUCGUUCGAUUCCGCUUCUCCAAAGCGGACAGGUCCUUCCUGGACGAGGAGGAGUUUGACGAGGUCAUGGAGCAGCGCAAGGAAGAAGCGGACGAGUUCUAUUACCGGAUAAGUCCGCUGCCGAUGACGGAUGAUCUACGCAACAUCCAGCGACAGGCCUUCUCGGGGAUGAUGUGGACGAAGCAGCACUACUAUUUCGUAUGGGACCACUGGGCCAACGGCGACAAGACAACGCCGCCCCCGCCCAAGCAACGGAUGGGAGUCCGGAAUGCGCAGUGGAAACACAUGCACUGCGACGACAUCCUGUCGAUGCCCGAUUCGUGGGAAUACCCCUUCUUCGCCGCCUGGGACACGGCCUUUCACUGCAUCCCGCUGGCCAUGAUCGAUCCCGAGUUCGCCAAGAAACAGCUCGACUUGUUCACGAGGGAGUGGUACUGUCAUCCAAACGGACAGCUGCCAGCGUACGAGUGGAACUUCAACGACGUCAACCCUCCCGUUCACGCCUGGGCCACCUUUCGCGUCUUCAAGAUUGAGCGAAAGAUGUACGGUCGACAGGAUCUCGACUUUCUCGAACGCGUCUUCCAGAAGCUCCUCCUCAACUUUACCUGGUGGGUCAACCGCAAGGACAGCGACGGCAACAACGUUUUCGAGGGCGGCUUCUUGGGCCUCGACAACAUCGGCUUGUUCAACCGGUCCGAACCGCUGCCCACUGGUGGCCUUUUGGAGCAGGCAGACAGCACCGGGUGGAUGGCCUUCUUCUGCCUGUCCAUGCUCAACAUCUCGCUCGAGCUGGCAAAGCAUCGCCGCAUCUACGAGGACAUUGCCUCCAAGUUCUUCGAGCACUUCAUCUUCAUCAGCGACGCCAUGACGUUCCGAACGGAAACCAAUGGCGAUUCGCCAGCUCACUCGCUCUGGAACCAAGACGACGGUUUCUACUACGACGCCAUCUCGUGGGGAGGGCCGUACAUCCAGCAGCUGCCCGUCCGGUCCUUGGUCGGCCUCAUUCCCCUGUAUGCGACGACAACGCUGGAGCCGGAGCUCAUGAACAAGCUACCAUCCUUCCGCAAGAGAGUGGAGUGGUUUGUCAAGAAUCACUGCGAUAUAGCGGAGAGAAACAUGGCGAGCAUCGCCAAGAGGGGCAAGGGGGACCGCAUCUUGCUUUCGAUGGUGAACAAAGAUCGCCUGGAGAAGAUCCUGAAGAGAAUGUUGGACGAGGAUGAAUUUUUUAGCGAUCACGGUAUCAGAUCGCUGUCCAAGUAUCACAAGGAACACCCGUACUCCAUGAAUGUCGACGACCAGCGGUUCGAGGUAGGAUACGUGCCGGGCGAUUCCGACAGCGGCCUCUUCGGCGGCAACAGCAACUGGAGAGGGCCGAUCUGGCUUUGCGUCAACUUCCUCCUCGUCGAGUCCCUGCAGCGCUUCUACCUCUUCCACGGGCCCGAGUUCCAGGUCGAGUGUCCGACGGGAAGCGGCACCUACAUGCAUCUUGGCAAGGUUUCGGAGGAAAUCCAGCACCGGCUGCAACACCUCUUCGCGAGAACUGACGAUGGACGGCGAAGCAUCAACGGGGACCACGACCUUCUCAAUUUCGACAAGUACUGGAAAGAUCAUGUCUGGUUUUACGAGUUCUUCGACGGCGACACGGGACGUGGUCUCGGAGCCAGCCACCAGUGCGGCUGGACAGGCUUGAUCGCUCGCAUGAUCCACGACACAGGAGUCACCUGCCGCCUCCCGCAGACACCCCGUACCCCUAGGGUAGCCAUGUCACACUACUUUGAUGAAAUGUUCCACCGAAAUGUCGAGAAUGGCACGUCACGAAGCGACACGCCGCGGCACACACGCCGGUCGUCGAUGGCGCGCUCCAUCAGCGCCCGCAGCGACUUUGACACGCCCGUCAACGUCGUCGAUGACGACGCCCGCUCUACCGCAAACUCGGUCGUGAACGACGAGGGCCGAUCGAAGGAAAAGAUCGAGGCAGACGAGCACAUGCGUCACUACGUUACCGACCAGCUCAAUCGGUUCAGAAACCAGAGUGACGACUACGUGGACUAUGUGACGGACGAUGAGAUUGAGACCAAGGCUUGGUAG